UAUUUUUUUAUCAUUUCUUUUAUAUUUUUAUUUUUAAGCUACGAUAAUUAUUUAUACAAAACUGGUCAACGAAAAUCUUUAAUUGACCACUUAGCUAAGGAGCAAUCGAAAGCAUACAACGAAUUUCAAUCGCUCACUUCAGGAAAUAGUCCAUACGCUCCAAAAUUCGACGGACGCAAUCCUUAUCGUUGAGAAAAUAGGUUUUUUAAUUUAUAAUUUAAUAUAUUGGCAUUUGGUAGGAGCUUUUUUGCUGUUUAAUAAACAAAAUUAAUUUCUAUGGCUGGAUAAAUUCCGUGGGUCUCAAAAAAUGACUUCAAAUUUUUCUUUAAUAACCUUAUUAAAUUUUUUAGUUGUCCUUUGGUUUUGAUAUGGGAAUUUGUUCACAUCUUUUUAUUUUUGCGGCCGGUAUAUAUGCUGGGAUUUGCUUUGACCAACAUUAUGACCUACCAAAACUUCCACGACCUGAUGAACUUUAUGCCAAAAUUCAAGAAUUUUUGGAAACGAAAAGGAAAGAUAAAUGACCCUUUUAUUAAUCUAAAUAUUCUUGUUUUUUCUUUUAUUUUUGAUGUAACAACUUGCUAAGGUUUUGAAUUUUAAGCUUUUGUAAGGUGUGAGACACCCUCAUUUUAGAUGGUGUCGUUUUUCAUAAAAGUGGGUUGUUCUUAGGUUCAUGAGCAGCAUUUUGCUCUCUUUCUAUUUUGUUUUUUCUUUGUUUGUUCAAAAAAUCUUUUAGAAUUUUUUUUGUUUCUUUAUUUUGUUCGUUCUUUUUAAUUGCAGAUUUUGAUUGU